UCAGUACCUACUUACUUUCUUCCUCUUGACAGUCGCGACAGUCUAGAAUUGUUUCCGUUAUGGACCACAAUCCGGGAACCCUCCCCACCGAUCUCACUGAAUCGCAAUCAUGGCUGACGACAAGGGACUUGACGAUAUCGAUGCUGCUGAGAUCGAGUCCACCUGCGAUGAGACCACCGACUCCUUCGAUGCUAUGAACCUUUCGACCGACCUUCUGCGGGGAAUUUACGCGUACGGAUUCGAACGUCCGUCAGCUCUCCAGCAGCGUGCUAUCAUGCCAAUCGUUCGGGGCAAGGACGUUGUUGCGCAGGCGCGGUCUGGUUCCGGGACGACCGCUGCACUUUCCAUCUCCGUCCUUCAGAGCAUCGAUUCCACUGUUAAGGCAUGCCAGGCCUUGAUCAUUGCCCCGACCCGUGAGCGUGCACAGCGGAUUCAGAAGGUCCUGUCGACAAUCGGUGAUUUUACAAAUGUCGAAUGCUACGCUUGCGUUGGUGGUACUCGCAUAGGAGAUGAUAUAACGGCUCUUCAGGACGGGCUACAGUCAGUGGUCGUCGGCACUCCCGGACGUGUCCUGGACAUGAUUCACCGCGGAGCUCUCUGUACUGACAACAUCAAGAUGACCGUGCUCGACGAGGCCGAUGAGAUAUUAUCCCGCGGUUUUGAUGAGCAAAUACGCGACAUCUUCGGGAUACUUCGUCAGAGCACGACCACCCAAGUCGUUCUCUUCUCUGCUACCAUGCCCCAGGACGUGCUAGAGGUCAUUUCCGAGUUCAUGCGUGAUCCAGUCCGCAUUACAGUCGAGAAGUACGAGACUUGCCUGAAAGGUAGCAAACAGUUCUACCUCACCGUCGAAACCGACCAAGAAGACUGGAAGGUCGACCGCCUCUCCGAUCUCCACAAGACCAUCAUCACCAACAGACAAACGGUGAUUUUCUGCAACACUCGGAAAAAGGUCGAAUGGCUGACCGACAAGCUCACUGCCCGCGACAUUCCUGUCUCGGCGAUCCAUCGUGACAUGGACGCCUGGCAGCGUGCUGACAUUCUGCAGCACUUCUUUUCUGGCUCUCAUAUCCUCGUCGCUACCAACAUGAUCGCCAAAUCGAUUGACGUCCAGCAAGUCCCUCUUGUCAUCAACUAUGAUCUUCCGUCCGAUCCGGAGGACUACAUUCGCCGUGUCGGACGGGGCGGUGGCGGUCGGCGAGGUCGUAAGGGUGUCGCCGUCAACCUGGUGUCCGGCGAUGAACUGCGCGCAAUGCAUGAAAUUGAGCAGUUCUACAGCACUGAAAUAGAAAAGAUGCCGACGAACGCUGCCGACCUCUUCUAAGGAUAACGAGCGCCUUGCUCUCACCACUGCUUUCCGUUCGACCGAGUCACAUGUCUGACCGAGCAAUGGACAGCAUCACACGCAGCGACUCUUUCAUCCGAAACUCUGGACCGAGUGCAGCGCACACGCCGAUACCGGCGUCGCUUCCUCAAGUAUCUCCUCAUGCUCCCCGUCAUCAGCACAGGGCUGACAAGUCUGGCUGACAUGGCUGCAUCGCAUGUGCGAAGUUCUAGAACAGACAACAUCAGACCACCUCGCUGAAAUACCACAAUACUCUCCUCGCCAG